AUGACUUCUACCUUUUACGAACCUUUGAAAAAUAAGAAGAUAGCAGCAGUCAUCUUUGGUGCCUCAGGUGAUCUCUCAAUGAGAAUGCUUAUUCCUUCACUUGAAUCAAUCUCAUUGUACGAUCCUUUCCACGAAGGAACAAUGAUCAUCGGCGUUGCUAGGUCAAAAUUCACUGAUGAAGAACUCCAUGCUAAAAUUAAGAAAUCUGUUAUUCAAUUCUCACGUCUCCACCAGGGAUGUGAUGAUGAAAACAGCGAAACACCAUGCACAGUCCCAGAUGAGUUCUUAAAGAAGAUCAGAUAUAUCUCUGGUGGCUACGAUGACCCCAAUACUUACCAAGCCCUUAAGAAAUUGAUCGAUGAGAACCAAUUCGAAGGCGUCAUCGUUUAUUUCGCCACACCUCCUUCUCUUUUCCAUGUUAUCUCCGAUAACCUUAAGAGCAACGGCCUCACAUCAAACGCUCAGCGCUGGAUUAGAAUCAUUAUCGAAAAGCCUUUCGGCACAUCCUACAAGACAGCUCUUGAACUCAACGAUUCACUUCAUAGCAAGUUCUCCGAAGAAGAUCUUUAUCGAAUUGAUCACUAUCUCGCUAAAGAAACUGUUAUGAACAUUUUCACAUUCCGUUGGGGAAACACCAUCUGGGAACCACUUUGGAACAGAAACUAUAUCUCCCAUGUCGAAAUCACUGUCGCUGAAGCAGUUGGUGUCGAGAAUCGUAUCGGAUAUUACGAAGGCGUUUCCGUUAUCAGAGAUAUGAUCCAGAACCACCUUCUUCAGAUGCUUUCCAUUGUUGCUAUGGAGCCACCAUCCGAAAUGAACGCCAAGGCCAUCAGAGAUGAGAAAUUAAAGGUUCUCAGAGCCAUCAGAGCUGUUCAGAAGGAUGACGUCGUCCUUGGUCAAUAUAUUGGCUACAGAGAGCACGAAGGUGUCCCAGAAGAUGCUACAACACCAACAUUUGCCUUCAUCAGAUUCUUCAUUGACAACUGGAGAUGGCAGGGUGUCCCAUUCUACAUCUGCUCAGGCAAGGCUCUCAAGGAGAAGAGGUCUUCCAUCAAGUUAGUCUUCAGAGACAUUCCUCAUGCCUUAUUCGGUGAUUCGACAAUCAACAAACCUAACUACUUGGAGAUCAAGGUCCAGCCAAAGGAAGGUAUCAUCCUCAAGCAGCACGUCAAGGUCCCAGGUAUCGGCUUGAGAACAGAUGUCAUCCCAUUAUCCUUCUAUUACAAGGACAAGUUCGGAGACAAUGCUUUGGCAGGUGCCUACGAACGUGUUAUCCUCGAUGCCAUCCACGGAGAUCAAUCCUUCUUCCCACGUUCCGAUGAAAUCGAAGAAUGCUGGAAGAUUGUCGAUCCACUUCUCAAAGACAAGUACCCAGAGAUCAUUCCUUACGCCAAGAAACUCGAUAUUGGUGUCGGCAUGAUCAAGAGAAACAAGAAGAACCUCGCACAGAGAGUUGUUUUCAGAACACCAUCAGAAUUAAUUCAUUCAGUCACAGAACAAAUCACUCGUCUUAUUACAGAGGCUAUUUCUGAGAGAGGAAUCUGCAACAUCGCUCUUUCAGGAGGUCAAACACCAAAGCCAAUUUACUCAUUACUCUCUACAACACCAUACGCUGCCAGAAUUGAUUUCAGCAAAGUCCACAUCUGGUUUGUUGAUGAGCGCUGUGUUCCACCAGAGCAUAACCUCUCGAACUACCACAUGAUCAACGAAUCUCUUCUCAGAUUCAUCAAGAUUCCAGAAGAGAACAUCCACAGAAUCAGAGGCGAAAUCAACGCUGAAGAUGCAGCUAAGGAAUACUCCGACGAGAUCAUCAAACACUUUGGAACAGAGAUACCAUCAUUCGAUAUCUGCUUGCUUGGAAUGGGUAAGGAAGGACACACAGCUUCCCUCUUCCCAGGUUCACCAGCAAUCCAGGAUAAGGAAAGCCUCGUCAUCGGUGUCUUCGUUCCUCACGUUAAGAUGUUCAGAGUCACAUUCGGAAGGAAGAUCAUCAACAACUCUAGAAACAUCAUGUUCAUCAUCACUGACACGGACAAGAAUGAGAUCAUUGACUUGGUCUUCAAUGCUCCUUACGUCCCAGCGAUGAUCCCUGCCCAGGUUGUUACAGCUAAGGCUAAAGAUGGAAAGCUUUAUUGGUUCCAUGUCGUAUAA